AUGGUUGUCAAGUGGAGCAGUGAGAAAGAUCAGUUCAUCCUGACCCACAUUCUCGAAGACAAGAACAUCAAGAUCUCCACCGAUGUUCUCGACGCCAUGAUCACUGUCUGGCGUAAGUAUCCUCUCCCUUUCCUCNNACACUUUGACCCACCCUACAGGCUGCCUUCCUUCUAUCAUCGUGCCUUCUUUCUACAUCUCAUCACUCUCCUUCCUUGUCACUCUUCUGCAUCUCCUUCACUCCAACUACAACUUUAUACUCGUGUUUCACCUACACGAUUUCAUCUCAGCCCUUCACACAUCACCACUGAAAUCUCGACUAAAUCCAUCUCAGCCGCUGCCUUUGGNCCCCCACCCACCAGAAAGGCCUUCACCGAACACUUCUCCAAGAUCCGCAAGAACAGCAAAGUCUUCACCAACGGCGGCGCCUCUGUCCCUACCACCCCAGCCACCGCAAUCGCCAGAAAGAGAAAGACACCCGCCACAAAAACUCCCGCCAAACGCAGAAAGGCAAACAUCACCUCCGAUUCUGAGGUCUCGGAUGACGAAGCCCCUCCCACAAAGACACCCGCCAAGCGCAGAAAGAACAUCGCUGCUGAGAAAGACCCUGACAACGAUAUGGAAAAGGAGAUUGCAGAAUUGUGCGUCAAGGUCAAGGACGAACCCGUUGAUGAGGAGGAAAGUCCCAGCCAGAAGCUCGCUCGUCGUGGAAAGGAGAGUGUGCAGUAUGCCGAGAGUGAUGAUGGCGAGGUCAGCCACCCUGAGGAUGCUGAUGACUAUGUUGACCAGGAGGUUGUUGCUGCCAUGAGCGCUUACCUGGAGUCUCCCGACUCUGAAGAUGAUGCUGAGGUUUGA